AUGUUGCUCCCAGCCCCCGCACGCCACCUCCCGGGACUUCUGCUGCUGCUCUGGCCCUUGCUGCUGUUGCUGCCCGCCGCCGCUCCAGGACCUUUGGCCCGCGCAAGCGUCCGCCGACUGGGGACACGUGUCCCUGGGGGCAGUCCGGGGCAUCUCCCUGCUCUGGCGACUCCCACCCGAGCACCUUAUUCUGGGGCCCGCGGUGCAGGUGUUUGCAAGAGCAGGCCUUUGGACUUGGUGUUUAUCAUCGAUAGUUCUCGUAGUGUCCGGCCUCUGGAAUUCACCAAAGUGAAGACCUUUGUGGCCCGUAUCAUCGACACCCUGGACAUCGGGGCAGCUGACACGAGGGUGGCUGUGGUGAAUUAUGCCAGCACUGUGAAGAUAGAGUUCCAGCUCAACACCUACUCAAACAAGCAGGCCCUGAAACAGGCUGUGGCCCGGAUCACACCCUUGUCAACAGGCACUAUGUCAGGGCUGGCUAUCCAGACAGCAAUGGAGGAAGCCUUCACUGUGGAGGCAGGAGCUCGGGGGCCCAUGUCUAACAUCCCCAAGGUAGCUAUUAUUGUGACGGAUGGGAGGCCCCAGGACCAGGUGAAUGAGGUGGCUGCCAGAGCCCGGGCAUCUGGUAUUGAGUUGUAUGCCGUGGGUGUGGACAGGGCAGAUAUGGAGUCCCUCAAGAUGAUGGCUAGCAAGCCCCUGGAAGAUCAUGUGUUCUAUGUGGAGACCUAUGGAGUCAUCGAGAAGCUUUCUGCUAGAUUCCAGGAGACUUUCUGUGCUCUGGACCCUUGUGUGCUUGGCACACACCAGUGUCAGCACGUGUGCAUCAGUGAUGGUGACGGCAGGCACCACUGUGAGUGCAGCCAAGGGUACACCUUGAACGCCGACCGCAAAACAUGUUCAGCUAUUGAUAAGUGUGCCCUCAACACUCACAGAUGCGAACAGAUCUGUGUGAACGACAGAAACGGCUCCUACCACUGCGAGUGCUACGAAGGUUACACCUUGAAUGCAGACAGGGCAACGUGUGCAGCUCAGGAUAAAUGUGCUUUGGGUACACAUGGUUGCCAACACAUUUGUGUGAACGAUGGAGCCGGGUCCCAUCACUGUGAAUGCUUUGAGGGCUAUGCUCUGAAUGCAGAUAAGAAAACAUGUUCAGUCCGAGACAAGUGUGCGCUGGGCACUCAUGGCUGCCAGCACAUCUGUGUGAGCGAUGGGGCGGCAUCCUACCACUGUGAUUGUUUCCCUGGCUACUCCUUGAAUGACGACAAGAAGACGUGCUCAGACAUUGAGGAAGCACGAAGCCUCAUUUCCAUAGAAGACGCUUGUGGCUGUGAAGCCACACUGGCUUUCCAGGAGAAGGUCAGCUCCCAUCUCCAGAAGCUGAACACCAAACUUGACAGCAUUUUAAAGAAGUUACAAGUUAACUGA